AUGAAGUCGGACGCCGAGAAUCAUCCAGACGCGCGCCCAGGCUUUGAUGCGACUGCGUGGGAGGACAUGCAGAUCAUCCAAGAAGAGACGGGCGGCCACCCAACGGCCACUUGGAACAGCGAUCUCUCGCUCGCGUUCCUCCGAUUCCACUUUGGCCGCCGCGCGCAUUUGAACGAAAACGUGCUGCUCGUAUGGGGCGCCCCCUGGACGCCGGACGUGCAAGCGUACGCCGAUGAGAUCAAUGUGGUCCUCCACCGCGCGCAACCAACCAACGCGGUCCUCCGCGCCCAAGUCGCUUACCACACGUCCAUGGCCCACUUUGUCCUGCAGCCACCCUGCGGCAUCGAGCUCGCUGCGUGGGUGCAAAGCACCCCAAACGUUGCCAACGAAGAGGACGACGCUCUCUCGUGCCUCGAGCCAUCGCUGCUCGAAGCGCUUGUCAACCUGAAGAUUGCCCACGACGUCGACGCAGACGAGGACUCUGAUUCCAGUCCCGAGAGACAGCGCAAUCUCCGCAGCCCGGUCGACAAACCGGUCAGCCGCGCAAUGGGCGAGUACGUCGGGCGCGCAGCCACUGCACCGCGGCCCGGCCACACAAUGGUGACGCUGCCACACGUGCCUACUCUCGUCACCGUCCCGUCGUUCCCGCAGCACCUCACGACGCGCGCAGACCGUACGGAGAUCACCGCAUUGGCGCAGAACAAGGAGCUGUGGACGGAGCUGACCGAGGCGAUCGUUGCCGGCAUGUCCACGCACAAUAUUGUCGAAGACUGCCUUGCACGUACGCGGCCACCUUUCUAGCACUGUUGCGCUGAUAUA